CAACAGAACACAAGUUGUGACCCAUUCUGAAUUGUUUUCUUCAUUUUAAAAGAAGAAGAAGAAGAAAAAAUGUCGCAUUCCAUGUUAAUCAAGCAAAAUGGUGUGUUUACAUCGCCAAGCCUCGUUUUGAUAUUGAUAUGCAGGUGGCGCCACGGACUCUGCGAAGAGGUCUAUUGACUUGGUGCAGUUUGGUUCAAACCGUUACCAUGCCGAGAGUCUGGAGUUUGUGUUAUAUACGCACGCAUUAUCUGAUUGUAUCCGUGGCAUAUAUUUUAACUUGGAACCAUUUCGUCAGUGUAUCAGGCUAUGCAGAAACAACUGUUGAUUGUAUGAAUGGUGGAUAUCCUGGAAACAGCACCAUGAUAAAUUGUACAGUAACUGGAGACAUCGAGGUGGGAAUUAUAUGGUUUCGACCAAAUGGUGGAUCACCACAAAAGGUGAUAAUAUGCGAUCAAUUGAACACUAAAUGUGAACAAACUGAUUUAGUAACUGGCGACAAGUACAAGGCUGAUAUUUACUCAACACAUAAUGUUUUAACCAUAAACUCAUUCAACACCAACACAGAUGCUGGAGAAUGGACCUGUGGUGACGGUAUAAACGGAGAUUCGUGUAUGAUGUCCGUGUUACAUGGCCCAGAUCCAAGUAGUAUUACCUUCAGUUCUACUAUAAGUGUUGAUGGAGGAAACUCUCUAGAUGUGGACUGCGCUGUUGACUGUAAGCCGCCAUGUGAUUAUGUCUGGACAUUGGGUGAUAAUCAAAUCACAACCAGACCUCUGUUAACACUGAGAGACAUGGCCAGAAAUAUGGACGGGAAUGUGUACACGUGUACAGUGACCAACUCAGCUAUACCUAAAUCUAUAAGUAAAGACUUUACACUGAGCCUCUAUAGUACUAGUCACGCAAACACAACUGUUGAUUGUAUGAAUGGUGGAUAUCCUGGAAAAACUACCAAGAUAAAUUGCACACUAAAUGGAAACGUCAAGGUGGGAAUUAUAUGGUUUCGACCAAAUGGUGGAUCACCACAAAAGGUGAUAACAUGCGAUCAAUUGAACACUAAAUGUGAACAAACUGAUUUAGUAACUGGCGACAAGUACAAGGCUGAUAUUUACUCAACACAUAAUGUUUUAACCAUAAACUCAUUCAACGUCACAACAGAUGCUGGAGAAUGGACCUGUGGUGAUGGUAUAAAGGGAGUUUCGUGUAUGAUGUCUGUGUUAUAUGGCCCAGAUCCAAGUAGUAUUACCUUCAGUUCUACUAUAAAUGCCAAUGGAGGAAGAUAUCUAGCGGUGGACUGCGCUGUUGACUGUAACCCGCCAUGUGAUUACGCCUGGACGCUGGGUGAUAAUAAAAUCACAACCAGUCCUCUGUUAACACUGAGAGCCAUCAACUGGGAUCUGGACGGGAAUGUCUACACUUGUACAGUGACCAACUCAGCUAUACCUGAAUCUAUAAGUAAAGACUUUACACUGAGGCUGUAUAGUCGUCCAGAGCUCAUGCAUUCCUUAAGUACAAGUGCUAUAUUGGGAAUUGUUAUAUGUGUUACACUGGCUCUUGCUAUUCCUUCUGUGUGGAUAACUUACAAGAGGAAAAUACAAAAGAAAGAAAACGAAGAUAGACAGAAGAUAUUCACCGCUCAAGAAACCCAGACUGAAACUACCUUCGACUUCGACAACUACUGACCGAUUAUGACAGACAAAAUGGCGCUAACACUACAACUCCACAGUGUUUAUUGUUUCGUUUAAAAGUAUAUCACAAAACAAGCUUAAGAUAGGGGUUAAACAAAAAUUAAUAAUAACAUAAUAAUAAUAAUAAUAAUAAUAAUAAAAACAAAACAAAACAAAACAAAACAAAACAAAACAAAACAAAACAAAACAAAACAAAACAAAGCAAAACAAAAUAAAAUAAAAACUUGUCUAAGUUAUAUUUUAAAAGUUGCUUAUAGAUUACCAACUAUAUUGAUUAAAUCUCAUGUCUAAUAUUGGGAGAAGGCAGGAUGGCUGCGAACUCUAUUAAGAAAUGAGUUAUGAAAUCUCAUGUCUAAUAUGGGGAGAAGGCAGGAUGGCUGCGAACUCUAUUAAGAAAUGAGUUAUGAAAUUUUACAUAAUUAUAUUUAGUUGGCAAUAAUAAUAUAAAAAAUUAUAAUAAUAUAAAAUAACAUUUACCAAUUAAUAAUUAGUAAUUAGUAAUAACAAAAAUUGCUUAAAUCCUGGAGGAAAGGUAUUCAAAGGAGUGAGCCUUGCGCCCAAUCUGGUGUACGUUCAAACACACAGGUGAGCGCUGCGGGGGGUGGGGGUGGGGUGGGGGUCUCCUACCAAGCACCCUAUCGGCCGAGACUGCCUACGCCCUAACACUCCCUAUCUCCCCAUAAUACGGCGUCCCACCCUGCCCCGCCCGUCCCCAGGUUAUCCAUAGAGCAUUUGUGGGUUCUACAGUUAAUUAUAAUCUUGAAUGUUAAUGAAUGAAGGAAGGUGAUAGGGUAGGGAUGAUGGGAUGGGGGAAAUGGUUAUGAUGAUGUUGGUGAAAAGUCGGCCAUCAGUCGUCCGUAGCUGGAGAGAGAAACGUAUAUUGAAGAUGCUGGUCUAUUUGUUGUAGAAGUUGUUGCAGUCCUUUUUUCUUUUUUUCCCUCAAGCAUUCGUGAGCAUUACAUCUGUACAAUGCGUCACACAUACGGAUAACCACUUAAGGUCAUUGCUAUAUAAAAGCCCUCUCCUUUUUUAAUGUUGGUUUGGCUGGUUUAAUUAUUGGCUGAUUCGAUACAAAUUGGUACUAUUAAAACAUGACACACACACACACACACACAUAUAUAUAUAUAUAUAUAUAUAUA